UCUUCCUGUUUCCUUCCCCGCGUCUUGAAGUGCAUCUUCAGCGGCUCGCGCUGAAUUAACAAUCAGGGGCAGAGAGAGAGGAAGGCGGCGCGAAGCCCUGCCUCCUGGAGGUAUACAAACCCUCACCAUCUCUGCCCCCCUCUCUCUGUCUCUCUCUCCCUCCUUCCUGCAAGCAGCAAGCUCUUCUCCUCGCAGCCCACUCACACUACAAGCACAACAAUUCAAAGUCGCUGGCAUCCCCGCGUGUCUUGUACAUUGUUCCCGAAAUUGAUGUUUACCCAGCCAGCUGCUGGAUGCCUGAAACACAGGCGCAGCAACGGAAGGAUCGCCUUGCUAAUGUUUUCCUGAAGGUUCACCCUCCCCCCCCCCCCCCCCCCCCCUCCCCCCUCUUCAAACGCCAGACCCCGGCUGAAAGUGAACUGGUAAGCACUUCAAGGCAGAUUGUUUUCUUUCAAAAAGGCGAAGUUUCAGGAUAGUGAGGGGUGUUGAAUGGUGUUGGCAGUGAUCAGACAGUGCGCAUGGGCACCGGCAGACAGGUGUGCUGUGUCUAGGGCAGGUGCAGCGUCUUAUAAGGGCUCAGCCGCGUCUCGCCUUAUGAAGAGAGCCUGCCAUCAGAUCCCAAUGAAAAUCACGAUAUAUCAAAUUGAACGCCCUCCAGAGACUAAACAGUUUAUUCUCUCCAAACAAAAGGUAUUGUCCAUUGCUGGGUCCCGGGAUUCUCGAGCAGUGCCCAGCUGACAAGCCUUUGAAGAUGGCACAAUAACAAACCAGUGAUGCCUGACCAUGACAGCAUAGCCCUCCUAACCAGACAUACUAAGAGAAGAAGAGUCGACAUUGGAGUGAAGAGAACUGUAGGGACAACUACGGUGUUUACUAAAGCAAAAGGGAAGCUAUAUAGUGUCAUGAAUUCCCAAAGUUCAGAUCAGGACAUUGAGUGCUCAGUGGUUCAGCAUACAGAUGUGGACAAAUCAAACGUGCUCCGCAAGCUGCUGAAGAGGGCAAACUCUUAUGAAGAUGCCAUGAUGCCUUUUCCUGGAGCUACCAUAAUUUCCCAGCUACUGAAAAACAAUGCAACUAAGAACGGAAGCACAGAGCUCAAUUUGCAAACCAGUGGUUUCUCCAGCACGGGGUCAGAGGCAAAUCAGGAGGAUGCUUGCAGCAACUCUUCAAGGGAAAGUGGCCAGGAAUGCCUGUCACCAUUUAGCAGGCCUAACAUGAGUCAGUUCGACGUGGAUCGGCUUUGUGAUGAACAUUUGCGGGCCAAACGUGCACGAGUUGAAAACAUAAUUCGAGGUAUGAGUCAUUCGCCGAACGUGGCACUGCGGGGUGGAGAGAAUGAUCGAGAUGGGGUACAGCAGCCUGUGAGUCCCCGAGAAAGUUACAGGGAAAACAAACGCAAGCAGAAGCUCCCCCAGCAGCAGCAACAGAGUUUUCAGCAACUGGUUACAGCACGGAAAGAGCAAAAGCGAGAAGAACGACGGCAAUUGAAGCAACAACUGGAAGACAUGCAGAAGCAACUGCGUCAGCUCCAGGAAAAGUUCUACCAAAUAUAUGACAGUACGGACUCUGAGAACGAUGAGGAUGGCAAUCUUUCUGAAGAUAGCUUGCAGUCUGAAACCACUGAUACCAGAGCACGAGCCCGUUCCGACCAUGAGAUAUCAGAGUUGGAUCCAGGACACUUCCUUGAUCGUGCUCGAGCUCUUAUUAGGGAGCAGGAAAUGGCGGCAGAAAAUGAGAAACUGAAGAGAGAUGGUCGCUCCAGGAAAAGCCAAGGCCUAACCACCUUGCAUGCUGAAGGAAAACAGCUAGCUGAGACGCUCAAACAGGAACUCAAUUCCACCAUGUCACAAGUAGUGGACUCUGUCGUCAAAAUGUUCUCUAAAUCCUCCCACCAGCUUCCUCAGGUCUUCCCCCCUAUCCAGAUUCCACAGGCGAGAUUUGCCAUGAAUGGAGAAAACCACAACUUCCACACAACAAAUCAACGACUUCAAUGCUUUGGCGACGUUAUCAUUUCGAACCCGUUGAAUACUUUUGCCAACAUGCACGUGUCUAAUUCCUCGGACCAGACGGAAGCACUGCCUCUCGUAGUACGCAAAAACUCCUCCGAGCCAUCUGCGUCCACCCCGUCCAUGGGAGGCCACCACGUUUCUCAUCAUCAGUCCCCGCUCUCAGCCGCAGUAGGGUUUUCAUCCCCUGCCUUUCGCCAUCCGCUGCCUCUUCCUCUCAUGGCCUAUUCCUUUCAGAGUUCGCUAGGCAACGCCUCCAGUGCAGUAUCUGGGAAAGACAGGUCAUCUCCCGAGUCCUUGGACCUGACCAGGGAAACUGCCUGUCUGCGGACCAAAGUAUCAUCACACCACAUGAACCAUCGUCCCUGCUCACCAAUCCAUCCAUCCAGCACAGCGGAAGGUCUCUCGUUAUCUCUCAUUAAAUCUGAGUGUAGUGACUUGCAAGACAUGGCGGACAUUUCACCAUACUCUGGAAAUACAAUACAGGAGGGACUGUCACCCAACCACCUCAAAAAGGCGAAGCUGAUGUUCUUCUACACGCGGUACCCCAGUUCAAACAUGCUGAAGAUGUUCUUCUCUGACGUGAAGUUUAAUAGGUGCAUCACCUCACAGCUUAUCAAGUGGUUCAGCAAUUUCCGAGAAUUUUACUACAUCCAGAUGGAGAAGUUUGCUCGUCAGUCUAUUAACGAUGGGACAACAAGCACGGAGGAGCUGACUGUCUCCCGUGACUCUGAACUCUUCAGAGCCUUAAACAUGCACUACAACAAAGCAAAUGAUUUUGAGGUGCCUUUAAGGUGCUUUUUGCAGGGUGCUUCUGAUGUCUUCUGUGAGCAGGUUCCGGAGAGGUUCUUGGAAGUGGCUCAGAUCACAUUACGAGAGUUUUUCAAUGCCAUUGUUGCAGGCAAAGACGUUGAUCCUUCCUGGAAGAAGGCCAUCUACAAGGUCAUUUGCAAGCUGGACAGUGAAGUCCCGGAGGUUUUCAAAUCUCCAAAUUGCCUGCAAGAGCUACUACACGAGUAAAGAUGCCCAGAACCAUCAGACGUAAUAUAUGUUUUCCGUUCUGAUGCUCAAUCUUUGUAUUGUUGCUUUUACUUAGCUCUGAUUUGUUAAGUUCCAUAAUGUUUUACCCUUUUACAUUUGACCUUAUAUGGAGGUUAUUCACCACAGCCUUGAACCUACUAAUGCUGAUACAUGAACCUUUCUGUUUUGAAGGUUAUGUUUGGUUUGAUUAACUGAAGGAAAAAUGAAGUGUGUGAGUGUGUACUUUUAGUUUUAAUAUUUCACGAUAUCACACCUAAAGUGGACUGCUAUGUCAGGCAAAGGGUUUAUUCAUGAUUAGUUGUGGCAAAUGGCAAAUAACUAUGACAUCACUGGGACAAUAAAGCAACUGCCAAUGGAUACAACACGGCACACUAGGAGGUUUGGCCCGGCUACAUCGUUACCAGAGAGCUCUAAGCCUGCUAUUGUUUUGAUUUCAGGCAUGAUACCAAUUGAUCUUUUGCCCCCCAGAAUAGAAUGCAUCAUACAGCUCAGCCAUACCUGUGGUGUCACCUAUUAUUCUAAAUACCCACCACCUGCAAGUGGCAUGUGUUUCAUUCUUCAGUCUCUGUAGCUGCUACGGGCCACGUUGUCUUGAUCCCCACCUUACAAACAGCUAUUGCUUUUUCCACCAAACACCAUUUUUCGAAUAGAAUUCUACAGUUUCACCAACAUGACCACUUCACGUGGGAAUAGCCUCUCCACCGUAGAACAAUUCUGCUUUAACACACGGACUGAAGAUGGCGUUCCAAUGAUUCCAGGUGAUUCAGGAAAAAUUCAGAACUGGCCCAAUCACCAGGCAGUGGUCUUAUUCUCCAGGGAGAGAGUAAUCCUUACAAAAAGUAAAAUUUCCUGUUAAUUUGUUAGAAUUCAGCAAAAAUUAACAGAUCGCUUAAAUGUAUUUAUUUAAAAUGAGGCUAUUCAGCCAGCUGGAUGUUCAUUAGUUAUUUUAUACUCCAAUUAUACUUUUAAUUUCUGGAAGAACGUAUUUUAUUCAGUUCAAGUACCCUGUAAACUGACAGAUUUUCAAGCCGAGAAAUGUGCUGUGAACUUUAUUUGAGAUUUUUCCUGGCUCUGCUAAAGUUGUAUUGUUUUUUGCUGACCUAAGAAAAUGAACUUGAAAAUUAAAUGAUUGAGAGUGUGUCAGUUUACCACAUUUCAAUCCAUGAAGGGACAGCAGAUUAACUUUAAUUAAGUUGGGGGAAUCCAUUUGGGUACUAAAGAAAAACUCAAAUGCAAAAAAGAAAUGUGCUUCAAAGUGAAAAUCAUUGUAAGACUGCUGAGUGCAUUGAGCACGUAAUUGUAACUAGAAUACAGGUUUUUUGUGAAAAUGGUUACUUGUAGAUAGGGUGCAAAAGUUCUAUUGACACUGAAAGUCAUAUGUUCAUAAACAUGCCAUACUGUUAGAAUAUGUUUGAAACUAAAUGCCCACCACAGGGAAUUUGAAACUGUCCAGAUCUAAUCUGAUUACUUUUCACCUGCAACUAUGUGAAACAGUUUGCACGCUGUUUUACAAUAUUUGUGCGAGUGCAUCAAAAAUAUUUAGUUUCAUUGGAAACCACUUCAUAAGCAGCAGGUUUUUUUCUUCCACAUCCCAUUCCCCUUUUUUUCUUAGCAGUUUGGUUUUAGUGUUGGCACUGACUACUGAAAGCAUCCCGGGUUAUUAGAUGAAGGGAACAUACUGAACCAUGUACAAUUUUUAAAGUUUAUAUAUAAUAUAAUAUAAUAUAAUAUAAUAUAUAUAUUUACACAGUCGUACUGAGAUUACCUUCAUUCGCCUGAUUUAAUUGUUAUUGGAGUGUAACAUUUAGUAGUAGUGUAUUUAUUUUAUUUACCAACAUAAUUACUACUGAGAACAAACCUCCGUGUUAUAACUGAUGUAGAGUUUCAUCUGGGUCAGUUUAUUUGGGACAAAAUUGGCUUUAAACCCAUUCAAUUUGAUGACCGUACACAUUUUGAGUCAAUCAGAUCCACUAGCCAGUACACACUUAAUAUAUUUUAAAAUGACUGACCUGAGGUAUAAUGAAGUGUUAGAACUGGGUUUGAAUAUAGCCACUCUGCCUUUAAUAGCAGUUUCUGAUAACAUGAUGAAGCAUGUAAGUGUGCACUUUCUGAAUACACAAUUUAUGAUAUACUACUCUAAAGGAAUUGGCAUAAUUAUUGCACCUUUUUGAAACGUAUCUUAACAGUGACUUUUCAACUUGCUAGCUCACCACAAUCCAGUCUUUUAUCAAGAAGGAUGACAAUGCGGAUUUUCUUGUUGUAUACAAAACCACAGACUGAAAAUGGAUCAAUUUCUGUUUCUGUUUCUGCCCUACUUAAAGCUAAAUUGUGUCAAGCCUAUUGGUUUAUGGUGUGUUACACAUUUCAUAUUGCCUAAUUGGUUUGUAAUUUAAGACCAUGUAUAAAAUCAAAUCUACCAGUUAGAUUUUAAAUGGGUUGUGUGAUUAGAAAUUUCUGGUGUGCAAGCCAGAAAUUCCAGAUUGUAGGCAGUGAUUCACUGAAUUUCCAGGUUGCUGAAAGGCUAAUACUGCAUUAUAAUUUUGACCAGCAAGUAUGACUGGAAAAGUGUCUAUUAGAUUCACAGCCCACUCCCUUAGAUAAUAUCAAACUGAAGUGUAGCUAGUCAGGGUAACUGGUCAAAGCUGUUAAAUGCUUUUGCUCACCAUCAGAUUCUUGUCAGCAAAAUGACUUGGAUGAACUCAUAAAUGUUUUUGAAUUUGUUCACUAUAUUUAAGGUUGAAGUGAAAUGGCUUAAGGAUAAUGCAAAUCUAAAUUUAGAACUCUCCUAUUAUUUUCUCUCCAUUUUAUAUUAAACACACUGGGGAGUAAUUAUCUUCAGUUGCAAACGCUGAACUUACAAUAUAAAGGUAUUUGAUUGUUGAACUCCACCUCUGAAAUUUACAUUAAUUGAAUUCAAUGGAGCUAAAGUAGAGUAUAAUGUGUAGCAAGUACUAUACCAACGAUCCAGAACAGGCGAAGGUGAAUUUCUUCCCUGACAUGUAUUCAUUUUGCUGCUCAACAGUAUUGAUUCUAUUUUCAAUUUAGGAUUAUGUGAGUUAAAUGGUGUCUGCAAAACAAAUUUUUUUUUUUUUCAAAGAUCUUGCACUGAGUAUUCCAGAAUUUGUCAGUGUUCGGAUGUCCAGGACCAAUUGUCAGCAUGUUCUGAAUAAAUUAAGACUGAGGUGGAUACCAAAGCAGGCCUGGCUAUGGAACUAUCUGUGUUGGAUUUCAGCAUUGCAAACCUAAACGCUCUGCAGAUUGUGUCAAUACAUCAACACAUUUUGCAGCAUGUGAAAAGUUUGGAAACAAUGAUAUUCCAUUUUCAAACUUUAAAAGAAAAUAAUUCUAAUAAUUAAUUUCUAAUAUAUCUAUUAGACAAAGAUGAACAUUGUUGAGAAAGCAGUUUCAGUGAAAAAUAUUAUUUUAACUUCUGAUAGAUGUAACAAAAAUCUCAAAUUUAGUUACAAGCAAAUAUGGAAUAAUAAAUUAAACAUCCAUAUUUAGCGCUGUGGCUUUCAUUAGAAUUAUUUAUUUUUGAUUUGUUGUCAGGAAUGCUGAUCGUUGAGUUUUAAUUCGUCUCAAUUAAAAACAAAAUUCUCACUUUGCAGCGACAGAAGAACAAUGAAUCAUUGACUAUGAAUGUUUAAAAAUAACUGCAUUUGUUUUGUAUGACAUUUUCCAUGAUUGAAUUCACCCUAAGAAAAUAUUUCUCAAGAUCAGAGCACUUAAAAUCUAUAUUGUACAAAAUGUUAAAUUUACAGUUUAAAUUAUGAUGAGUUUGAAUUUUAACAAUGUAAGCGAAUCCUAUGUCACAGUUUAACUAAUUUUAAUUACAGCUGAUGUAAUGAAAUGCUGGGAAGCAAUUAAUGUCAACAUAUAGCCUUAAAAACCUGCUGACAUUGAAUUAGCAGCAUGUUGCCUGAAAUGCCCAAUCACAUGUAGAACGAACGCACUUGCAGUGUCUGUACAUUUAAGGCAAUGCGGACAAUAAAAUGAAGUGCCAUUGUAUUCACUAUGCAUCUAAACCAGGUUUGUCUUAACUUUGGUAUGCCCCCAGAAUGCUGAAUCCUUCAUUUGAUUUUGUGUUGUGCUAUGCACUCACUACUUAGCCCUGCCUGGCAGAAUUAUGUAUCAGUCACUCAGUCUCAAUUAGUACUGACAUGUUGUUACUAUGAAAUUUGAAAACAAACUUGUCUAAUGAAAUUAGUUAUGAGUAUUGGUGAACCUAUUAUGGGUCUGACCUUGCAGAAUACAAGCUAACAAUUCUAUGCUGACAUUACAAGGUGGUCUCAAUUGGAGUGUAACGAUUAUCACAAACUGAGUUAAGGGCACCUACUUUCCUGUUUUGUUGUUUAAAGGGUGAAUGUAAGAUCUAUCAAAUAAAUAAAUGUGUACAAAAUUGCAAAGAAUACAGUGUGCCCUGAAAUUUUGCAAAAGAUCAAAAAGGAUGGGUUCCAAAUCAUCUCAGUACUCUUCUGUAAUAACGGCACGAUUAGUUGAGCGGGAUAGCUUUGUAAUAUGAUUUUAAUAAAAAUGCAUUCAACAGCUUAAUUGUAAUUCCAUUUAAACUAAUUUCACUUUGUCCAGUAUAUAAGAAUGGUCUGGAAAUUUCAUUUGAACUGGAAUGCUUUUAAGAGAGCCAUAAUGCCUUUGUGCCUCCAGCUGCAUUUUUUUCUUAUAAACCUGAGAUCAUCUUGAUUGCUUCACAAGGUUUGCUGUAAUUAUACCGGCAUACACUUUACGUAUUCAUGAUGCUACAAGAGGCAGGAGGUCAGAUGUUUCAGACUGGAAAUUUGUAUAGUUUAAUAUGAGCUCACGAUGGAUGCUAAAUCUGUAAAUUAAAGCCCAUUUCUGUAUUCUAAUCGCUAAUAGAAAUUUAACAUUGCAUAUACACUUGAGGUGAUAUCCUGUGCCUAGACCUUAAAUGCACCAGCUUGAAGGAUACAAACACCUUCAAUUUCCCAAUUUCCCACAUAUACAAUUGUUCUUGUGCCUUCUGUGGCUGAACAUUUCUUAAUUUGGGAUUCUUGAGGAUUUCCUUUUUAUUCAUAACCAACUGCAAUAAAUGCCAGAUUUACUGAGUGAUAGCUAUGCAUAUAUUGUAUCUUUAUAAAAAUAAAACAGCUGGAAAAAAAUUUUUGAAGAGAAUUUUUAGAACAGUUUGAUAAUGCAAAUUAUUUUUUCCUCUUCAAUUGUUUGCUCAGCAUUCGAGUAUGGGAAAUCUUGUAGAAGCCAAUUUUUUGUAACUGUGGUGCAAAUUUUGUGUUUUCAUAGAUUAUAAAGUAGUAUAGAAGCAAUAUUUCAUAUGAUGUGAUAUGUGUGAAGUGAAAGCUGACUUUUCCCUUUAGAUGGACAACUUUUCUAUUUUAGACAUGCUGAAAAUAUGUUUUGUGAAGAGAAUGUUUUGCUGUGGCCUCUGCGACAAUUAUAUUUAUGACUAUUGCAGGAUAUGCCGCAGAGAAUGCUCACAGUACUGAGAAAAUUACAUGGCAGACAUUGAGUUCUAGUAUUUAAAUAGUAUGAAGUAUUUACGCGCAUAUUUUGUUGCAGUUUGGUUGUGCCUCAGAGUAUCAAAGCUGGUAAUCUGCUUUAAGUUUCUGAUUUCAUGUUUUUGAUUUUUUUUAAACACAUUGUAAAAUAAUUGCAUUAAAAAUAUGUGGGUAAAUAUUCCACAAAAGUUUAAAAAGGGAGCCCUCGAGAAAUGCUAACCUUAAAUUACCAUUUAUGUUAAUUUAAUUUGGUUUACGAACUUUUACUUUCUUUUCAUUUAAUUGAAUCACCGUUCACAUCCAAUUUGUUGCUGUAUUUAUUGCUGUCACGGGAAAUAUAAUGCAUGUUGUGAUACUGAUCAUUAAGUAUGUAUUGAAUUUCCUAUGAAAAACAAAGCCAAUUUUCCAACAUGUAAGUUCGGAACCCUUUGGAAUUCUAAUUAGAUUUACAAAAAUUCUUUGAAGUUCACUUUAUUGUUUACUGUGUUCAGAAUCCACAAAUUCUGCGUUCAUUAUGACUUCUGUAUCUUGUAAAAUAUUUACAGAAUGUAUAUUGCAUCUACCCAGUAAAUAAAUGAGAGUAAAUGGAUGAAUCCUGAGACCUUCCUUGUGGUGAUGUCAGUGGCAUAGAAAUCAGCAGCUACAUCAAAAGCACAUGCACUUGUAAACUCUGUAAUUUACCCAAGUCCUGACCACACAAUUUUAUUUAAGUGGUAGUUUAAUGUUGACCAAUUUUUUGAGAACUCCCUUCAAAUUGAAUGACAAGGGAGAAGGCUAUUUUGGAAAUGGUUACUACAUAUUGCACUUCUAUUGCAGAAUGUGAAGUUGAAUGAAAUGCGCUCAUCUUGUCAUAGAGAACUGUGGGAUAUGAACUGCCUGCGAUGAAAACGCUUGUAUGUAUAUGGUUGCAGAAAAGUGACGAAAACACUGCCUUUAUAUUAUUUAGCAAUAUGUUGUACAUAGCGUUAUGCUCAUUUUUGUAUUAAAUACCUGUUAAUUUGAAAAUAGUGCAGUAAUUAAAACUGACAUAGUCAGUGAUUUGAUUUUCUUUUCUAGCUAGAGACCAUUUUGAUUGUGGAAUUUUGUUGUUGUUAAUUGUUCUGAAGACUGCAUAAUUUAUUGGUUUAAUUUAUCCUAAUUUAUUUGAAGGUGUAAAAUUUUGUAUUGCCAGGGAUGUACUGUAAUAAUUGAUCAUGUAAUGAAAUGAUGAUCCCUGUCCAUGUCAUGGGGUGCAGUAGCCAACUGACUUAAGCAAUGGUUAUUAAAUUCUGCUUGGCAGCUACUAAAUUUUGAAGAUAAAACCUUUUGCUGACUAACUGAUUUCAUUUUGUGUGUUUUAAGCUUUUUUGUAUGGUAUCCAGACUUUUACCUUUGCUUUGUACCACCUACAAACUACAGUAGUUCAAUUGCCUUGUGUGCCUUCCAUUCUUCUCUGAACUGAAUGUAUGUGCAGUAUAUAUGCAAGCUUGUGCAGAAUAAAUAUAAUUCCAAAUA